AAGAAAAUCGCGACGACGUCGAAAGGUGUGUGAAAAAAAACCUCCUCUACCACUGGUGAGAGACGAAAAAAGAACAGUAGUGAAACGGGUCGGUUCGUGAAAAAUGUUUUAAUCCGACGAGCUGGAAUCGCUUUCGUUCCUCCGCGUACUGGCAAUCCCGUUGGAGCACCGUGUGUCCGCUCCAGCGCGUAUCGGUUUCGGGCAGUAGUUCGUUCCUCCGGAAGUGUUGGGUUUGGGGCUGCUUCCAAGUCUUUUCUUUUUUUUUUUGGAGAGUGCAGUGAAAACGCGAAGAAAAACCGCUCCUCAGCCUCCACCUUUCCACUUUCGUCUCGCGUGCCCACGUCCCCUCGUCGAGUGUGUGUGCAUCAUCCAUCUCCGAUCGUCGUCGUCGUCGGACACGGGCGGCAGGACGGACGGGGCUUUUUGGGAGUCUUUCUCGCGGUGGUGGAACACAGUGUGUGAAACGCGAAUAAAGCAGUGAAAAAGCAAGGAGAAGAAAAAAAAAGUGAGCAGAGUCCCACUGUGUGUGGUGCGUCAGCAGCGAUUCUUCGCUGCCUUUUCCUCCCGCUUGUGUUGGCCUGUUUCGGUGUGGGCUUCUUUUUCUUCCUGUCUUCCCCCCGCGGAUACAAUAUUGCAUUUCGGAAGUUUGGAAUCUCCACGAACGGAUCCUAGGCGGCAGGACUGCUGCUCGUUGGUGUAAAAAGAAUUUUCGCCCGAAAUACAAUGGACAUCAUCACGUCGACGACGUCGCAAGUCAAUGGAAUAACCACAACGACGCCCCGAAAGAAGGAUAUCGAUCCGAAAGAGAACCUCUGGUCGGCAAUUCUCAGCGAAGUACAAACACAGAGUAGUACCAAACUUCCAUCGAACAAAUCAGUGCUCGUGCUGGGCGACAAUGCGAGCGGCAAAACGACACUGAUUGCCAAGCUACAGGGCGUCGAAGAUCCCAAGAAGGGCUCCGGCCUGGAGUACGCCUACAUAGACGUGAGGGACGAAUAUCGAGAUGACCUAACCCGCCUCGGAGUGUGGAUAUUGGAUGGCGACCCCGGGCACAUCAACCUGCUCAAAUAUGCCCUAAACGAGUCGAACUACGCACACACACUGGUCAUUCUGACGCUAUCGAUGACGACCCCAUGGAGCUGGGUGGAUCAGCUGCAGCACUGGAUCAAGAUGCUGGAUGAUCACAUAGCGGGGCUGAAAAUCGAGCCGGAGGAACGACACCAGUGCCGCCAGAGGCUGGUAGCGGUGUGGCAGAGCUAUUGCGAUACGAUCGAUGAGCUGGACCCUGGGUCCCCUAUCAAGCGAACCAAUCGUCUCUCGUCGGUGGACGACGAUCUGGACGCGCUUCCGCUCCCAGAAGGUGUACUAACGACCAAUUUGGGCUUAGAUGUAGUAGUUGUUGUAACGAAAACCGAUUAUAUGACCACCCUAGAGAAGGAGCUGGACUACCGAGAUGAGCACUUUGACUUCAUGCAGCAGUGGAUCCGUCGGUUCUGUCUGGUGUACGGGUCGUCUCUGUUCUACACCAGCGUCAAGGAGGACAAAAACUGCGACUUGCUCUACAAAUACCUAACGCAUCGGAUCUACGGGCUACCAUUCCGUACACCGGCGCUGAUCGUCGAGAAGGAUGCCGUGCUAAUACCCGCUGGUUGGGACAAUAUGAAGAAAAUUAACAUAUUGUAUGAAAACAUGCAAUCGUGUAAGCCGGAUGAUUACUACAAUGAUAUUAUUGCACAACCGCCUUCAAGAAAGACUGUGUCCAAUCGUGAGAUUGAAGUUCAGACCGAGGAAGAGCAGGCGUUCCUGAACCGGCAGCUGCAACUGCUGCAACAGGGUCAGACGCCAACGCGCGGCGAGUCGCCAAUGCGAUCGCAGAACAGUGCGGGCAAAACGUCCCCGCGAACUCCCGGUUCGGCGGGUGCGCAAGGAUCACCAAAAAAGGUCGAUGGCAAGCUCAACCCCGGCACGCCCAGCGGCGAAGGUGUGCUGGCCAACUUCUUCAACUCGUUGCUGCAUAAAAAGUCCGGCUCGCCGGCUGCGGCCAGUUUAGCGGGCACCGGUGUGUCUCCGCGGGCAACGAACGGCGGCGAUAUGGUGUCGGCCAGCGAGAAAAUUUCCAUGCGAACUGACGCUGCCAUGGAGCUGGACCGUUUGACGCGUAGCGUCAAGAAGGAUCUAGACUUUCCAGCACAGACCGAUUGUUAAGUAUAGUAGGAACACAACAGACAGAAACACACACCCACACACCCACAUGGUAAUUUGCUGAGGUACGGUAAGCCUUUUUCCGGGGUUCAGUUGAACCGUUUGGGAUGAGGAGGAAGGAACCACGGAGGAAUAUAUAUGCACGUCGUGUGAUAUUUGGCUUAAUUGGCUUCAUAUUCUACGCUGGCUGCGAGAUGUGGUUUUGUUUGUGGGGAAUGCGAGCAUGCGUGGGAUAUCGGGACGGAAUGGAUGGAUGGAUGGAGUUUGGUUUUGGAUGAAACAAAGCUGGAGUGCGUGUCGAACACAGAAUUGAGGGAUCCUCUAUACUCGGGAGAUACGCAAGAUAUGUGGGAAAAUGCUUAUCGGAAACCACUUUUAGUAGUUAGGUAGUAGUGCAAGAACGUAGAGAGAUUAAGUUGAUAGAGAAAGUUUAAUAAAACCAGAAUGAAUACAUCUCUUUCUGCUUCCCGCUAUGUUGGUGCUAAACUGAUUUGCUUCGUAGAAGAUCAAGUCCCUUCUACUACGUGUACGUAUAAAAAUUUGCACUUUCGAAUUUUAGAAGUUUUAUCAUGAGUUUUAUGAUUUCCUUCGGCAUCUUUCAAAAUUCUUGCCUUAGAGAAAAAAAAGGUAGCACCAAUCUUAUUGCACGCUCUCAGUUCAUUGUUUUGUUUUUACCAUGUGGCACCGAUUCGCGAGCAGCAGGAAGGGACGAGAGUACCCCUAAAAAAAUGCGUAACGCAAGUGAGAGUAAUACAUUACUAUUAAUUAAAAACUAACUUAUAUCGAAUUGAUAAUAAUUUGCAGCUUAGAGAUGGUUAAAAGAAUAAAAAAAAAGUAACUUAACUUAUAGAAAACAUUUAUCCAUUGUAAUUCCUCAUUGAUCAAAAUCAAAAAAAGAAAACCACGAAUGCAAGAUAACGAAAAAAAACACGGUAGAAAAUCAUUUCUCAUUUUGUCCUUUUGUUGACCAAUUGACAAAGACAAAAUCUUUUUUUGUAAUAAUUUGUUUCGCACCCAUCAAAUUUGUCGACAUCCUCAGUUUCCUUGAAGCGUUGAAUUUCAGGCGAUUGUUUGUGCGAACUGUGCAUGCGGGAACUCAGAUCGAACUCAGAUGCGCGUUUAGAGCGUAAACCUCAAAAAGUGAACCCGUUUGGAGUUUCAGUAUGCCACAAACCCGCGGUCAAAUUGGGAUCAACCGUACGUGCAGUAUUUAUAAAUGUUAUACUAGAGAGAGAGAGAGAGAGAGAGAGCAACGAUUAUACUGUCCAUUAUCCUUAUUGUAACGCGAUUGCUUGCUUGGUUUUGUUGUAAAGUUUCCAUUUAGAAAUUCCGUUAUGUUAUUUUAGAGAGAAAGAUAGAUUUUUUUAUCGACUUUUUUGUUGAAAACAAAAAAAAAGCGUUUAAAAGAUUGAACAGAUCCAGCGAGUAAUCUUAUCAUUGUUCUUAUUUAUGUGAACUUAUACCGAUAAAUUAGAGGAAAAUUACAAUUACAUGCGCAUCUACUAGGGCGCGUAAUGGCUAACUAACGAGGAGGAAAAACAGUAAGAAGUACUAAUGAGUCAGCAGCAUUAAAAAAAAAACUAAAAUCGUCUUUUUUCCCCGUGGGGGAAAUUCCUGUAGCAAACACUAUUAUACUGACAUCCUUUUGCAAAACUAAUGCGGGGAGGAACCAAUUUGGGCGUAUUGAAUAAAACCAAGACACUACUGUGUAAAAUGAAUUAUUGCAAAAAAGGGAA